UAAAGGGUGGGACGGACUGAGACACUGGGCUGAUUAUGAAAGGGGUUGUAAAAAAAAAAAAAGCUCCACUACACCUCCACACCUUCCUACAGCUGAGCCCAGCAUUCUGUUACAGUUAAAACGAAACAAUGGACCCUGACUACUUCAGAUCGUAUGACAUGUGUUGGGGUACCCUUGGAACGGUGCGACCCUCUUCUAUUUUCCAUCCUGACCGAGAUGCCAUCGAGAUCCAGACAGCUCUGGAGAAGAAAGACGCGGGGACUCUGGUGAGGAUCCUAACCAAUCGGAACAACGUUCAGAGACAAGUGAUCGCCAAAACCUUUGAAGAAAUAACACAAAAGGACCUGUCAGCUGGUGUGAAGAAAGCUCUGUCUGGAGAACUGGAGAGUUUACUGUUGGAGCUGCUGAUGCCUCCUCUGCAGUACGAGGCUCACCGCCUGCAACAGGCCAUGGCUGGUAUAGGCACCGAUGAGGAAACGCUGCUCGAGAUUCUUUGUACACGAUCCGGCAAGCAGCUUCGAGCAAUCAGUGCUGCAUACCAACAAUUGUUUAAGAAAGACCUGGAGAAGGAACUGAAAGGAGAAACCAGUGGAGACUUUGCUAAGCUUGUUUUGGCUCUCAUAAAUAAAGAAGAUGUUGCUGGUGUGGUUCGAAGAGAUGUCAAGACUCUCUUUGCGUCACUGAAUGCGAAAAAAGCUGAUCCGGGGCCGUGGAUCGACAUUCUGACUUCUAGAGAUAUAAGCCAUCUUGAAAAAGUGCUGAUGGGGCUGGAGCUGGAGAGUGGACUGAUGGUGGAUCAGGCUGUGGAGAAACGCUUCACUGGAGAUGUGCAACUGGGUUUAUCAAUUUUAGUGCAGUGCAUUGAAGGCCCUUACGUCUACCUCGCCAAAAGACUAACUACUAUGAAGGCACCUAUAGUGCAGGGGAUUAUGGUGUCUCACUGUGAGGAAGAUCUGCUGUGUAUCAGAGCUGCCUUCAAUAAAUUAACAGGAACGUCUCUCUACACGACUCUACAGAACAAGUUCAAAGGAGAUUAUCUGCAGGCUCUGCUGGCCAUCUGUCGAUCUGAAGAUUAAUAUAAAUAAAUGUUUAACAGACUCA